ACAGCAUUUACGUUGAAAUAGAACUAGCUUUAAGAUUUAGAUAUUUCAGGGUUUGUUUGACAUAUGCAUACGAACAAAUGCUUCCGAAUGAAACGCAGGUAUCUCCUCCAGUAAAGCUUUAUUUUUCUGUGUAAUUCUUAAAUCUAUGAAAUCACUGAAAUAAGACGUCUUCUGCUAACGUCAAAAUCAAGUUCUCAGGAUCGACAUAUAAAUAAUACGUAUGAAACUUACGUGCAACCAUCAACAAGAUUUUCGAAAAUGAAUAACUAUAUUACGUUCAAGUAAAUUACGCAUUUGGCCAUAACGUGCCCAAUGAGAACGAAUGAUUUUUCUUCUCCUUUGAAGACUCGAGUGAAGAUACGCGCGUCAUUUUACUGAGAGUAAAUCCCAUGAGGGCACAUUUCGAGUUGACAACUUUUCAAUGAUAAUUUUGCUGCAAACGGUGUCACAGUCUUGAAUGCCGUGGGCCUGCGUGACUUCCUCAGUACUUCGUGGCACAGAAGGCUAAAGAAUAUAGAACAAGCCAAUUCCAUCGAAGCCUACGUGCAUUCAUGUCAUGCGAUCAACUAAUAAUAAUACAGUACGCAAAAGCGAACUAGAUCCUCCAUAGAAUUUCAUGGGACAGAAAGACAAAAAUUUUCUGUUUCAAUACCACCGACAACGGCGCGAUGGAUUGAAAGAUUUUCUUAAUUCUAACAUAAACAAAGGCAAGCUAAUGUGACGAGUACUCGGAACAGCUACUUGUACUUCACAUUCCCGUAACCGGGGCUAUUGUAAGUAAACGACUAUGGGUUAACUUAGGGUGGCAAGUUUUUGCCAAGGUAUGAAGAACAUUCCAGUUUUCUUGCUGUAAACUCAGCGUCGGACCACUACCUGGAGCGAAGCGAAAGGUUAGAUUUUUUUUGCAAUUAUUUUUUUUUAAUUUAAACUUAAAUUAUAGCUGGUUUAACUAGAUUGAAUGUCUACAGGGCAAAGCUACCGCUUCGAGCUACGAAGGGAGUGGCUUUAUGAAUAUGGAUCUACAGAAAAUUUUCUGGUGCUCAGCUAUACCUCAUUAAGCGUCUUAUUAUUCGCCAUCGUUAGUAAAGUUUCUGCUUUUUUCUGUAUACGAACAAAUAUCAUUUGGCGAAAUGGUCAAAUUUAGUCUGGCUGAAUAAACUUAAUCACUCGUAAGCGUGUUUUGUUAAUUCUUGCAAACGAUGGGGGUUGCUUUUUUUGUGAAGUCGAUGCCAAGCGAACUACCAAUAGACUUCGACUCAGAUUCCAAUAUAUCGUCACAUGAUCCUGCAAUUCCGUCAGCGCACAAUGACCUUAGUGAUAAUUAAUAGGCGUUCUAUAUUAAACGUUAUUGUCGAUAUCUCUUUUGCUCAAAGUAAGAGAAAAAAGAAAACAUAAUUAGUCCAACAUGUUAACUGUACUACUUUUUCCCUUCUGUUACCUGUUGUCCUAAAGUUGGCUUGUCUAUCGCCGUACAAAUGGGCAUGUAGAGAUUAUGCUAACUAUUGCAUUGAAUGACAACUCAAAUAGACAUCAUCCCAGCUCACACGGAACAAAAGUCGUACGAAUGAUAAACAACGUAUCUGUCGGUUGGCUGUAUCGGAGCAGCCAACUACCGGUUUGCACAGUUAUUCAUUGUCAGGAGCAGUGUUUCCACCGACAGGGAGCGUGCGGAAACUGUUUGUCCAGUAUAGCAAUAGCAAAUCACAGAAGGCGGGCUUAUCUUUUGUCAUCCGCCUGUUUUGCCCAGCCACUUCUCCAGGGUGGGAUACGUCAUCUGUUCCGGUCUUCUUUUGAUCCAGUUGUAAACAGAAAAAGGCCGAAAACAAUCGUCGGUGCAGUUGGCGCCAUCACUUACCGCCUCAACCGACAGAAAUACGCGAAAUCAAAAGGCAGACUUCAGCUUCACACACAUGCCAAGUAACCGAGAUGCAAACAUUAUAUACAUACGAAAAAAAAAAAAAAAAACAACUUCGUGGUAACAGCAGUCGCAUGACGGCGGUCACAUCGCUUGUGAUUAUGGCUACUUUGCAACGUUGCAAGUUGAAGUUACUGUUUCUGACGAAUUAGUUGAGUCGGCGACAGGACGCGCUUUGUCCGCAAGGAAGAAUGUAUUAUGUGUAUUUAAGUAAAGAGAGGUAGUUUCGCCGCUUACGAAGGGGUGCAGCGAUGUCCCACGACGUAAUACUGACAGGAGCUGUGAUGUUCCUAGCACCUGCGAUAACAGGUUGGAGUACCUAGUAGUCGCGAAUACUUAUGAUUUUUUAGGGUUAUCCUAACUAUGUUCACCAGUUGGUGGUACGGCUAUUAUCUCAUUGGCGUACUCCAAAACGUUAUUUUUUCAUAAUAUUUCGCUAUAGAGGGCGCGGUGGCGGUUGUAGUAGUAAUCUACGGCUGAAAAGUUGGCAUUCAGUUAUACAAAAACCUGAUGGCCAGAUUGCAUAUGAUGCUGCGAACACAACUGGCUAGCUGCGCGGUAUUGAAUUAACACACUUCACACCGCUAUGGAGAUGUCAACGUCCACCCUUCGUAACAGGAGAGAGGAAUCAGCCUUUUCAUAAGAUACAUACCUCAUUAAGCGUCGUCUUGUCACUACGAAGUUCAUCCCCACUGGCGUCAUCGCAACCAUCUUUACGUCGGCAUAUUUUCUUCGUAAUACAUCGACGACGUUAAACCACGGUAUACGAAGACGUGCCAUUAUGCAAUAUCGCAUGUAACCUUACCAAAAUAUUCAAUGCAAUCUAUAUAAAUAUUGUUGGGAAGAUUCGUCAUUCUAGAUACUUUUUUCCCAGCUUUCCUGCUAUCGUCUCUUCCAUUCAUCGAUAGGGGAAGUGGCACAACCGCUAUGUUCAUAUAUUUGCUGUGUCUUGUAUGUCUGGCCUCAGGCCAGGUAAGAGCACGCUACGAUUGGCGUCUGAGUAAACAGUGCAUCCCGACCAAUGGCGCUCUACAGGACUUCAAGAUUCGCAACGUGACGGAGGAAAGCGACCUCGACCUCCAUGUAUUAACUGCUGGUAAACUCACGCUUGUGGUGAACGUGGCCACGUACUGCGAGUAUACAACGCAGUACCUCGAACUCAACGAGCUACAAAGCAAAUACGGUCCCAGUGGAUUUCAAAUCAUAGGAUUUCCGUGUAAUCAGUUCAACAAAGAGGAGCCAGGCUAUAAAGGCGAGAUUCUCAAUGGCGUUAUGCACGUCCGCCCAGGUAGAGGCUAUGUACCGAACUUUCCGAUUGCGCGGAAAAUCGACGUAAACGGCAAGGAUCAGCACGCUAUAUAUACCUUUCUCAAGGCCGCAUGUCCUGUAUCACCGCAAUCUUUGUUUGCUAAACGGGAGCAGCUAAACUAUGAUCACGUUCAUGUGAAUGAUAUUCGGUGGAACUUUGAGAAAUUUCUCGUUUCGCCAUCAGGGGCGCCCCUGCGACGUUAUCACUCGUCCAUUAAACCGAGCCAGCUCGAGGGUGAUAUUGAACAGUUCCUUUUAUUCAGCAACUUCAAGUAAGUUUUCUUUCCUGGACGAAACCUCUCGCGUCAAGGAAUGCUCUGCCUCUUGUGAACGAUUGGUGCCGUGGGGUCUGGAAGAGCGAAGAUAACUCGGAAUGACAGGCGGUGUUGCGACUGGCCUUGGGAUUCUCUCUACAGACCGACACACAGCCGAUCUUAUAUCAUUAUUUCUAUAAUAUAGUAUAGCCUAGUAAAAAAAUAACAUGAAUGUUACGACUAUAUUUAUAGUGGAUAUUGAUGAAUCGUAAGUAAUUUACAUGUAUGUCACGCUAUACGCCAUUACAAGGUACAACGAGAGAAUAAUAUGGUUUAUCGCUUGUCAAAAAGUGUUUGAGUCAUUUUCCUGUAUGUAAAAAUCGUAGGUAAAUUUAAAAAAAAAAUACGAACGCGGCAAUCCAAAUAGGAUGGACAGAAAUACAGUAGAGAAUGAAAUCUCUUAUCUGCGGCAAUCGGUUUUGGCAUUUUGUUCCCAUCAUCCUUCUUAGAGCAAUAGU